AUGAGGAACUGGUACGACUCGCUCAGACUGGCAAGAAGCGUGAUCACCAAGUCGUCCUCGCUGACCGGAGCGCCGACCGCGUCGAGCUGUUCCGCCAGCGUCUUGAGCUUGUUAAUGUGCUCCAGCACAUCAUCACCUUCGUCCAUCGUUGUCGUGAAGAACCGUCGACGAAGAAAGAGCUUGUUCGCCAGGCUCUUCUUCUCGAACGGCAGCUGCGAGUCCUCCAACGCGAGACAGACGAUCGCCAGCGCCUUGCGCGACUUCUUGCGAAACGUCGCUUGUUGGUUCCGUCGAACUUGUUGA